AAAAUUGAUGGGUCUGUUGUGUUUGAUCUUUAUCAAAAAAUUAACUCAUUCAAACAGAAUAGUUUAACCAUAGCUGAAUACUAUCACAAGCUUAAUAUAAUGUGGAAACAAUUAGAUCAGAUUCUGCAAAUUCCUGUGUGUACUUGUAACGCAUCAACUCAGUUUAAUAACUUUAACCACUUAAUCAAAUUAAUGCAGUUUCUGAUGGGCCUUGACAAUGUAUAUCACACUGUUAGAUCAAAUUUGCUUAUUAGAGAACCUCUUCCUAGUUUGCAAGAUGCUUUUUCUGUUGUGUCCAGAGAAGAAUCUCAUAGAAAUUCUAAUCUGUCUGUUUCUAAUGAUAGAUCUGUGGGGUUGUUUGCUAAAACUAAUUCUGUGGUAGAUAACAAAAAGAAAUUUGUUAAGAGUUCUAAUCAGAAUUUAAAAUGUACAAAUUGCAAUAAAACUGGACAUACAAUUGAAAAAUGUUUUGAGUUGAUUGGGUAUCCAUCUUGGAUGAAACCUCCAAGAGGAAAUCAAAGUAAGAAGAAUAGUUCAAGUAACAAUGCAUGUGUUGAUGAGUCUAGUGUUCCUGUUACUUCUUUGACUUCUGAUCAGUUGACUAAGUUGCUUAGUUUAAUUAAGGACAGGGCACCUGAAACUUCUCAGAGCUGCAAUGUUUCAGGAUUUGUUAACCAAGAAAAUCCUGGUGAUUGGUAGUCAACUUGAAGGUCUAUAUUUCUGUGGUAAUACUGUUGUGUCUAAUGUGUCUAAAUUUGAUACUUCUUUGUAUAAAUUGUGGCAUGCUAGGCUUGGACACCCUGCUGAUCAGGCUCUUAGAAUGUUUAAGGAUACUUUAAACAUUCAGUCAGGGCCUGAUCAUGGUCCUUGUGAUGUGUGUCAUAGGGCUAAG